UGGGCGUUGGCAGGGGCGUUGGCAGAGCUGCGAGGAAGGAGAGAACUGGACGAACAAAGCAUGAGAGUCUUCGUCCCGCUGCCAUACGCUAUUCAUAACUGCAGUGUCGCCUUUAAAUGGGAUAAUUAUUCAGCCCGUUCAAGACACCCUCGCACCCUGCCCUCCCUGAUACUCGCGCGUGCCCUGGAUAUAACACGACAGGCUCAAGAACGCAGGCAAGGUGUCCCGGUGUUUGGCAAGGGCGUAACCUUCUGCCGGACGUUUGCUCCCCUCCCCCUUGCUGCUAUCGACACGUUUGAGUUCUGGCCUCUUGAGAGUGCGGUACUGGUGUGGGUGGGCAGUGCAGCAGAGAAAGGAAAGGAAUUACGGGCUGGAAACGGCGACUCUUUUCAUCAUGUAAUGGGACUAAGAGGAGGAAAUGGAAAGGCAGCGAGGAAGUGGGCUAAGGCGGCUCAGGACAGGGAGCAGAGGGAGCGGCGUGGAGCGAGUGGGUGAGGUGGAAGCGAGGCAUUCCCUGUUGAAAUUUUUAUAUAUUUGUGGGUGAAAUAUUAAUUACGAUAUAUUAUGCAUGAAAUAGCUCAACUUGCUAAUGUUUACCUUGGAAUUUAAAUGGCAAGCGUUCUCAAUGUCUCCGAGUUUCUUGUUUAUGUUAAUCUUUUUCAGAAUUUUUAGUCAAGGACGUAUUUCUUGUAAUAAUAAAGUCAAUGUUUUUUUUUUCUUCGUUUUUAUUUUAUCGUUGUUUGGUAACCUGCUGAGCCAAGAAUAUUUUCGAGACUCGAGCUUCUUCAUUUUACUCAAGCCUCCUCAUUUUAAGUGUGUGUGUGUGUGUGUGUGUGUGUGUGUGUGUGUGUGUUUGUAUGUGUGUGUGUAUCUGUGUCAGUGCCUGCGUCUGUGUCUGAGCUUCGUAUAAAGUAUCAUAUCAAAAAUACACCUCAUCUUUUUCACAUUUCACCGAAGUUUCGUCUCCCGUCGUGCUUUCAUAUUUCAUCGCAUUCGAAUUUCACAUCGGCGGGGAAACAAAGCCUCGGGAAGUGUGGUCAGCUCCUCUUCCCGCGGGUGCUUUUAGUGUUAGUGAGGCUUUCGUUCCUGCCGCAAGAACGGGGAGGGGAGAAAAGGACGGGGUGGAGGCGCUGGACGUGGUGUGAACAUGAGAAUGAGAAAGGGAGAGAGAGAGGGAGGGAAGGAGGGAGAAAGUAAAAGAAUGCUUAAUGUAAAAAUAGAACAGCGGGGGGAAAGAAGAGGAAACGAUUUUCAGCUCCAAGGGAAAAAAUACUUUACAUGGACCAAGUACUGAGAGGUAAAAAAUUAAAGGAAAAACCGACCGAGCGAAUCCUGGAAAAGAAACACAGAUUUAAAAACUGAA